CUCACUUUCCCCACUUCAUUCUCUCCACCUUGAACCCGAACCCUAGUCUAAACCCUAGUUGAAUCCCCUCCCCCACUGCGUCGAUUCGCCUCGAUCCGGCGUGAAUCCCCUUCCCGUUCCCACGGCAGCGGAUCCUCACCCGAUUUACGGCUCGCCGUCACCCCGCUGCGACCUUGUCCCGCAACCCCGCCAUGGCUACGGAUACAUUUCGGAUCAACUGACUGCAAUCGCGGAUCCCCUUCUCCGCUCCGCACAAGGGGAAGAGCAUAAUCCAAGCUGCCGUGCGUAGAUCCACAAUGGCGGAACCGGCAGGCUGGUCCGCGCUCCCGUCCGAUCUGCUCAACCGCGUCGCAGACCGCCUCCUCGCCACCAACGACGUCGACUACUACAUGGACCUCCGCACAGUGUGCAGCCCCUCGAGCCGCGCCACCGACGACCCCAAGAACAUCCCGGAUCCCCGGUUCCGCCCGAGCCAGUGGAUAGUGAUCGACGAGGUCAUUCGCACGACCUGCAUCAACUUCCAGCGCCACACGCCCCUCCUGGUUAACACCGCCACAGGCCGCGCACUCCGCGAGUACCUGCCGAUGCUCCGCAACUACUAUGUCAUUGCCACUACACACGGCAGCUUCUUCGUCCUCGCGGACAGGAAGCCCCCUCGCGCCGCGUGCGUCCUCAACCCGUUCACCGGCUACCUUGUCCGUUUUGCGGCGCCCAUGGUCCCCGACAUGGGUGCUCCUGCUGCCGCUCUCGUUGGUUCUACACUCGUCUUGAUUUACGAUGAAUAUGUACAAUGUACAUGGCUGAUCCUGGCAGCGGAUGUUUCACUGAGUUUCAGGACUGGUAUCCUGACAGUGGAUGUUUCGACGAGUCUCGGGACUGGUAUGCUCAUAAGAAGCCGGGCUUCUUAGGAUUUAUCUACAGUGGUGUUGAUUUGGGCGACAAGAUCCACGGUCUGAUGAGUUCGUUCGGUGUUCACCCAAAUGAAUUGUGCUAUUAGUGCGUUGCUUUUCUCUUCCGAUCCUUUUGUUGCAUACUUAUAUAUUGCUUAUAUAUUAUUUGUGAA